CUGCAGCCCGCAGGCACCUGCCUGCUGCAGGCCCCCGGCCGCCCCGGCCCCCCGCCAGCUGUUUUUCAGGUGCCUGCACACCAGGGCCAGGUGCUCCCUGUGCCCUGCACCCUGCCUGGCAGCUGGGACCUGCUGCUGGAGCCAGGUGAACAUGCCGUGGUGCUCAGGGAGGAUCAGGGGCACCCAGCGCCCACCAUCAGAUGCCCCCGGACAGAAACUGCUCCACUCACCCGCAGCACCACGACUCUGGAACCUGAUGCCGUGAUGAAAAGCUCAGAUGUGCCAGACAACACUGUGGACAUGGAGGCUCUGCUCACCUGGAGCAAUGGUGAGUUUGGGGCUGCAGAGCUCACGGAUGUGGCAAGUGCUCUUGAGGUUCCCCAGGAGAACCCCAGCAGCCCUGCUUCCCCUUGUUUCAUCGCUGAGCUCCCUGACAACCCCAGCGACAGCAGAGAGCUCAGCACGGAGGGACCGGCUGCCUCCAGGACCCGCACUGACCCCUUCUGGGGGCUUCCACCGUCCCCUGGGCUCCUGCCUGAGAUGCAGCAUGGGUUGGCGCCGCUGCCCCUCGUCGUGCCACCAGCAAAUCCCCGGCCGGCCCCCCUGGUUGUCACCAAACCUCCCUCACCCCUCACAGCACAGCCCAUGGAGGAGGUGCAGAAAAGGCGGCCCCAGGGGGUUCAGACCCACCCACCAGUGUCACCGGGCUCUGUCCCCUGCCGGGGGGCAGAGAAGAAAUGCAAGGGCAGCGCCAGGCGGGCCAAGCACCCUGCGCCUGCCAGCACCCCCCAGAAAGGGAAGACCUCCAGCCAUAAGCAGCCCACCAGCGGAGCACCAGACAGGAAAAGAAAGCUGCCACUACACAAGGAGAGAAAAGGCUGCAAACACCCACAUCAAGCAAAGGUGGCUGGGGUCAGCGCAGGAGCCAGCAGCACAGGACAAGCGGGCAACUCCAGCGAGCUGCGCAGACACUUGCUGGAAUCCAUCCAGGCCCUACACCCGCUGGGGCAGAGGGUGACUGCGGUGGGGCCGGUACGCCAGCCACCCUCUGAGCAGCCCCAACCCACACCCANGGCUUACAGGCCAGGCUCAGCGCAACCCGGAGGGCUGCUCAGCCAGUAUAAGAGGCCAGGCUCAGCGCAACCCGGAGGGCUGCUCAGCAAGGCUAACAGGCCAGGCUCAGCGCAACCCGGAGGGCUUUUCAGCAAGGCUAAGAGGCCCGGCUCAGCGCAACCCGGAGAGUUGCUCAGCUAG